GCCGUAUCAUCUUUGCCUACGCGCUCGCCUACUCGCUGAGACGUCCCGGCGCUGCGCGCCUGGUCACCGACUGCAGCUCGCUUCCGCGACUAGUUGCAACAUCUUACCUGGUCCACGCUCAUUCGUGAGCUCGAGCGAUGCAGUAUGAAUAUCCUCCUCCGCCAGGCGGCCCCUCUCCUAGCGCUGGACCUCUUUCCAGCCCGCCUGAGAUUACUGGGUCUGGGUCUGCUGGAGUCGCGCGAGUUACACAUGGUCGUACAGAUGGGCAAAGAAGUCCCUACUUGCCAUCAAUAACAACACAGUUCUUGGGCCAUCAAACUGUGCCUGUGUCUCAGGCUUCGACGCCAGUAUCAGCGAACCAUUUGUCGCCGCACUUCUCUUAUAAUAGUCCCAGAUCAUCCGCUGGUCUGAAUACACAUGUAUUGACUUCAUCACCUCCUGGAGCUCCCGCCAGAACGCCGAGCAUGGAACCAUACAACCCGCAGCAAUGGAGGAGCAGAGGGCAGGUGUCGGGCUCCCAGAUGGUGUUCCAGCAGCGGCAUGCGACCAUGCUUGGCGGCACGGUGAACACCACUGGAAUGGAAGCAGCUGCUAUGCCUUCGCCUCCGCCACCCUAUUCACCUUCUCCAACGACUACACCAGAUCACGCCUCACGACCUACAAUAGCUUCGCCGCUACCUAACACUGGUGCUCUCACAGCUUCUCCACUUGCUGAUCGGCCAAUAUCCAACUCACCGCAGUUAGCUACUCAAGCCAGCUUUCCUCCUCCUCCUGCACAGCAGUCUUCCCGGCAUAGAGAACGAUCGACGUCAGGCCUUGGCCAAAGAACGCUCUUCAGUCUGACAGGGCUCAGAGGCAAGCAAGCAGUCGUUGAGCCGCAGCAUUUGAGUUCCAGUCAAGUUGUACAAGCGUCCAUGUUCACAGAGGGCAGGCCUCCCGCAGCGAGGAGGGCAGCAAGCACAGGUCAUGUCCAUCCAGGUGGCCCAGCCGUGGCUUCGUCUUCAACUUCUGUUGGCCGAGCUUCGCCGGAAAACCGUUGGCAUUCAGGAAUGGCUUUGCCUGGCCCACCCGCAGGCGCGCCUCCUCCAGGCAUGCGGUCUCAGAGCCUGAAUCGCUCUAUCGGUGGCUCUGGCGCAAGUACUCCUGCCUCUGAUCAUAUUUCUGAAGGCCCAAGGCAGAGAAGACCAGUGGCAGCAUCGACUCUUGGACCUGUGCCACCGACUCCUGCUGACUGGGUUGAGGGUGACGAUCACAGAACCGAAGUGCCGCCGCCUGUACCACAGAAUCAACUAACGCAGCACACGAUCAACGAUCAGCCGCUUCGUAUUGAUACCGGAGCUCAGCGAGAGAACUCUCUUGCCCGCAGACCUGCCAGAAGAGACACGAGCUCCCAAGGCAUUCGAGAGCGCAGGUCACGGAGUCGUGCAGCGUAUGGCAACCCCGAUGAGGACUCCCGGCCUGCUAACUUGAUAUUCGCGCCAGAAGAAGGUUCCAUAAGUCGACGCCGCGAACAUAUGCGGACUGCUUCUGCCUAUAGUGAUCUUUCCUCGGCUCCGAAUUCCUCCGGGCGCCAGCCUCUCUCUGCUUCCAAGCUUGCCAACACGGUCAUGACACCGCCCUACACUCCAGCUGUCGGCAAGCAGCCCCUUGGUUCUGGUAAGCAUGGCAGGCCCUUGGGUAGCGCGGCAAGCGACCGACCCAUCUCACAUCUUCUCCAUACCCCAAAUGAAGAGGGGAUGCCCGCGCCGCUGAGUCCAGCCAGGCCUCCUUCCUCAGGAUCUGCCACGGCGCCUCAGAGACUGGACGCAUUCGCGUUGCAGGCUAUUGAUCGGCAUCGCACUUUCGUCGAGAAAGAAUUGGCCGCAGGGUCAGACGAGGAACGAUUGGAGCUUUUUGCGAGCUUUCUGGUUCAUGAGUCCCGUAUUAGACGCGAUCGCUAUACCACCGCCUACAAUUCCAUGGCUGGAGAUAUCCUAGAUCUCACUCGGGACAUGUGGCGAUCAUACAACACCAAAGCUAGCCGCCGAGCUGUCACGCCAAGCACGUCUGUCUCUUCUGUGGAUCCAAAUGUCCCUGCGUGGGCGUCCGAUAGCCUGCCAACAUCAGCACACGGAAUGCCCAGCUCAGCGUCGUCAUUGGGAGAGUACACCCCAGCCACCGACACUGGCUCUAUUGGUGACCUCGGCGAAGGUUUCGAGCGCGCCGAGGGCCGUCAGUGGGCAGACUCUUUCAAGCCAUCACUAUCCCCAAUUCCAAGCAUGGCAGUCAGUACCGUUCCUGAUGAGAACAGCUCACGAGGACGCACUGCUAGUCGGUGGUGGGAGGGAACUAAUUCUGGUGCUGGCUCGAUCGGCAGACCCGACAGGAUGGAGAAGUCACGCAGAGAGACAAAGUACAUGGGUAUCGAUCCGGCGACAUUGCAAGCCAGCGGCGAAGCUACACCUGAACCCAUCGCCGAGUCUAGCACACAAGCGUACUGGUAUGGAACUGAUGAGUACCCGCCUGAGAAAGUUGGCUGGCACGAUGCCGCGGAUUUGGACACGCCAAUGCAGACGCCCCAUCGCCCCAGCGAUUGCAGAACUUCUACCCCAGGCAUGCAAUCACUGGAUGUAUCUCGGCUGGUGACCUUACCACCACCGUUUCCGCGUCAUCAUCCCGCAGUUAAUAACAGUCAUCCGCUGUUGCAUGAUCUGCGAACCGAGCAUCGUAUGCUCUCUGACCAUGGCGAUAUCCAACGAAUCAAGGAUGCCUACCUUGAUCAGGACUUUGCACUUACCCGUGAGCAGAACGAUGCUGCCAGGAAACGACGUAGCAGUCUGCGCUCAGGUAUCCAGUCCAAGAUCGCUGACGGCAGCAUGUCCUUUGCAGAAGCUGCGAGAGCCGAGGCUGAUUUUGACAUUGAGGAGGCUGAUCGUGUAAAGAUCGCUGCACGUUCCAACUUUGACGUGUUUGAAGGCAGUGUCUCUCAUCCUCUGAAUACUCUACUUACCGAGCGUCUUCAAAGAGCCAAUAACUGCAUCAAGAGUCUACGAGCAGAUCUGGAAAGCGCGGAUCCGAACCGGGCGUUGGAAGAAGGCGAUCAACAUCCUGAGCGCUUGGAGAAGCUCACGCUGCUGAAAUGGCUCUUCGAAGCACGAGAGCAGUUGCAUAAAGAAAUGUUCGAUCUUCAUGCGAUGCGAAGCGACAAGUACUCUGAGGUCGUCCUUACGCCAUUCCGGCUCUCGAAAGCACAAGCCAAGAUUGACGAAGCUACGACAUUCUUCAAGAAGGAUAGUAUCGAGAGACAGAUGACAUACGCUAAAGACUCUCUGAGACGUUUUGAAGAACUUCAAUCGAUACUGGAGAGCAAUGUCUCUCGAGGUGUAGAAGAUCAGCUCUCGGCCUUCUGGGACAUCGCACCAGGGCUGCUCGAAGUCAUUCAGCACAUCCCUAUGCAGAUGUCGUCAUUUGAAAUCCAAAUUCCCUGUCAGGAGUAUGACGAAAAUCCAUCAUAUCACGACCAUCCGCUUCAGUACCUGCUCAGCGUGCUCUGCCACGCCGAGAAGAGUGCGUAUCAAUUCAUCGAGAGCCAAAUCAACCUUUUGUGUCUGCUGCACGAGGUGCGCACGGCCACGACCAAGGCCCGCCUCAGGCUGCUCGAGCUUGAACAGCUCACCGCAGGCCCCGUUAGUACGGAAAGCCGCGCAGACAUUCUGCAAGCACGACGUGAGGCAGAUGACCACCUGACACACGACCUCAAGGAAAAGGUCGGUGAGGUCGAGAGGCAGUGGCAGGAGGCCAUUGGGGAUGUCUUGAAGGAUGUCAAAGAGCGGGUCACUGCCUUCUUGGAGGAGACUGGUGGUCUGGAAGACGAGCUUCAGGAGUAG